GUUUUAUAUGGCGGUCAAGUAUCGCGCUCUUUUCAGCCAUAACCUGAAAGUUAUUCAAUAUAAAUAGCAUAAAAACACGAAAGCCGUACAAGUACAAAGUUUGAAACAAUGGUUCUGUGUAACGUUGAAUGUUUAGAAAGGAUUUCUAACUAUUUAGAUGUUUCACCGUUGCAAUUGGAGGUGCAUGAAAAUGCGAUUGUUACCACGGACAGAAAGUCGAAUCAAAAAAUCGAAGGAUUUAAUAGUAUAGUUCAAUCUUUAAUUGAGAAUUCUAAAUGUUCUGAUAUACUGGGCACUGAUAAUGAAACGAAAGCUUUGUCGCGUCAGUGGUUAGAGUAUGCAGUUGUCUGCGUCAAUUAUGCUGAUACUCCUGCCAAUGUGAAAAUAGUUUUGCAGGAAUUAAAUGUUGCACUAAGGAACAAUACAUAUUUAACCGGUACAAGGAAAACCAUUGCUGAUGUUACCCUAUAUUAUGCAUUAUAUUCAAUAAUGCGAGAAUUAACCCACCAAGAAAAAGCUCAAUAUGUUCAUGUGUCAAGGUGGUUUGAUAACAUGCAACAAGAAGAAAAAUUACGACAACAGUUAGAUUUGAUUUCGUUCGAUCUGUUACAUUUAUUUUUAUAAAUAAAAUGAAAAAAACGGUAAAGGUAUAUCGAUUAUUACGUAUUAUUGUUAGUAUAACUUAAAAGUAUAUAAAAAUGUCUGUUUAUGAAGGGAAAAAUAAUAAAAUGAGAGAGAGAGAGAGAGAAGUGGAAAA